UCCGGUUGUUGGCUCUUGCCGGCCCCACCCCGACUGGGCCCUGCGCGCCCCCCCCCGCCCCCCGCGGCCCCCUGCCGCCGGGCCCGCCGCCACCAUGAAGAAGUUCUUCCAGGAGAUCAAAGCUGACAUCAAGUUCAAGAGCGCGGGACCUGGUCAGAAGCUCACGGAGUCCGUGGGGGAGAGGGCCCCCAAAGAAAAGCCCACCCAGCCAGCACGGCGGCAAGCCCGCCAGGGACCCACGGAUGAGGCCCAGAUGGCGGCCGCGGCGGCCCUGGCCCGGCUUGAACAGAAGCAGCCCAGGGCCCGGGGCCCCACGUCACAGGAGUCCAUCCGCAACCAGGUGAGAAAGGAACUUCAAGCUGAAGCGACUGUCAGCGGGAGCACAGAGGCCCCAGGGAGCAACACGGUAAAGACGGUGCCCGAGGCCAAAGAGGAGCGCUCAGCCCAUCUGGCGGUGCCCGGCGUGUGCUUCACGUGCCCGCUCACCGGGGCCACGCUCAGGAAGGACCAGCGGGAUGCCCACAUCAAAGAAGCCAUUCUCUCGCACUUCUCCACGGACCCCGUGGCUGCCUCCAUCAUGAAGAUCCACACGUUCAACAAAGACCGGGACCGGGUGAAGCUGGGUGUGGACACCAUUGCCAAGUACCUGGACAACAUCUGCCUGCACCCCGAGGAGGAGAAGUACAGGAAGAUCAAGCUGCAGAACCGAGUGUUCCAGGAGCGCAUUAACUGCCUGGAAGGGACCCAUGAGUUUUUUGAGGCCAUUGGCUUCCAGAAGGCACUGCUUCCAGUUCCUGAUCAGGAGGGCCCCGAGGAGUUCUACGUGCUGAGUGAGGGCGCCCUGGCCCAGCCCCAGAGCCUGCAGAGGCACAAGGAGCAGCUUCUGGUCGCUGAGCCCGUGCGGGCCACCCUGGCCCGCCAGCGCCGGCUCUUCCGGCCCUCGCCCAUGGCCUCCCAGUUCGAGCUGCCCCGGGACUUCUACAACCUCACAGCGGAGGAGAUCAAGCGGGAGCAGAGGCUCCGGUCGGAGGCUGUGGAGCGGCUGAGUGCACUGCGGACCAGGGCCAUGCGGGAGCGGGAGGAGCAGCGCGAGCUGCGCAAGUACACCUACACUCUGCUGCGCGUGCGCCUCCCCGACGGCUGCCUGCUGCAGGGGACCUUCUACGCCCGGGAGCGUGUGGCCGCGCUGUACGCGUUCGUGCGGGAGGCCUUGCGGAACGAUUGGCUGCCUUUCGACCUGCUGGCCUCCGGCGGGCAGAGGCUGUCAGAGGACGAGAGCCUGGCCUUCAACGAGUGCGGGCUGGUGCCCUCGGCCCUCCUGACCUUCUCGUGGGACACAGCCGUGCUCGAGGACAUCAAGGCCGCGGGGGCCGAUCCGGACUCAUCUAUUCUGAAACCUGAGCUCCUGGCGGCCAUCGAGAAGCUCUCGUGAAAUAAAAGCAGGGUUGGCUUCAGCC